CACGCAGGUUGCUGCCUACUCUGCAGGCUCCGUCCCAGGAACAGGCUUCCCCAAACACCCUCCCCAGUCCCGACAUGAGUUCCAGCUGAGUCCAACGGCUGGCUAUCAGGAGCUGGUACCUGGAGAGCCCUGAAGGGUAGCCACUCAGUAGCAGCCGACGCCAGGGUGCACCAUGAACUGGGGAACCUUCGAGGGGCUCCUGAGUGGGGUCAACAAGUACUCCACAGCCUUUGGGUGCAUCUGACUGACUCUGGUCUUCAUCUUCCAUGUGCUGGUGUACCUGGUAACAGCCGAGCGUGUGUGGAGUGACGACCACAAGGAUUUCAGCUGCAACACCCGCCAGCCAGGCUGCUCCAACGUCUGCUUCGAUGAGUUCUUCCCCAUGUCCAACGUGCGCCUCUGGGCCCUGCAGCUCAUCCUGGUCACGUGCUCCUCACUGCUCGUGGUCAUGCACGUGGCCUACCGGGAGGCUCAGGAGAAGAAGCACCGGGAGGCAGCAGGGGAGGGUGGCAGGCACCUCUACCUGAACCCUGGCAAGAAGCAAGGGGUCUGGUGGACAUAUGUCUGCAGCCUUGUGGUCAAGGCUGGUGUGGACGCUGCCUUCCUCUACGUGUUCCAUUCCUUCUACCCCCGAUACACCCUCCCUCUUGUGGUCACGUGCCACGCAGCUCCAUGUCCCAGUGUGGUGGACUGCUUCAUCUCUAGGCCCUCAGAGAACAUCUUCACUCUCUUCAUGGUGACCACGGCUGCCAUUUGCAUCCUGCUCAGCCUCAUGGAGCUGACCUACCUGGUGAGCAAGAGGUGCCGCGAGUGCCUGGCGGUGAGGAAGACCCAGGCCACCGGCGUGGGCCAGCACCCAAGCUGGGCCACCUCUUCCUGCAAACAGGAUGACCUCCUCUCGGGCGACCUCAUCUUUCUGGACUCAGAUGCUCCACCUCCUCUCUUACCAGACCACCCUCGAGACCACGUGAAGAAAACCGUCCUGUGAGGUGCUGCCCGCCCCGGGUGCUAGGUCAGGCCUGGGUUGGAAAGUCCCCAUAUUUCAUAGGUGCAGCCUUGGGGCCGGAGGAGCUGAGCCUCGAGUGGGACAGAUAAGAGGGAGGGGCGGAUGGCCUGGGAUCAAAUCUCUGGUCCCCAGCUCCUGCCACCUGCCCCAUCUGUGUGGCCUUGAGCAAGUUACCCCCUGGGCUGCACAUCGAUUUCCUUUUGGGUUAGAUGGAGACAGUGAGGCCCACCUCACAGGGAUGUUGCUAUGAGGAGGGGUUAGUUAGAGAACAACGUACAAAUGCCUUCAAUGUGUAGGGUGCACAGGCAGGGCUUAAUAAAAGUCAAC